UGCUUUGUCAUUGGUGGCUGGCUAAAGUGGAGGCAGGACAAAACUUUAACUUAAGUUUCAGUUGCACCGGUCUUUGUUUUUGACAGAGCCAUCAUGAAGACAGAGCUGAUACUCCCGGCUCUCCUUUUCCUAAAUGUCUGUUUUUCAGUGCCUGUGCGGCGUCCAACCAACUGGCUGAGACAAUGUCGAGCCUCCACCAACCUCUCCAUCACAGCUCUGGAGGUGCUGCCGGGCGGAGGCUGGGACAAUCUGCGGAACAUGGAUAUGGGUCGAGUCAUGAACCUCAGCUACUUCCAGUGCCAGACUACCGAGGAUGGGCUCUACCUCAUCCCAGAUGAGGUCUUUGUUAUCCCUCAAAAGGAGACAGGCGUGGAGACCAGCUCAGACAUAAUCAGCACCUGGCUGGAGCAGAAAAGCUCUACGUCUCAUACCAUUAACAGUGACAUCUCUUUUCUCAACGUGCUGAAUGCUAAAUUUUCUUCUGAGAACAUGAGGAUGAAAACCCAUCAGAUCAAAGACUCUUCAACUACAGCCAGAGUGCAAGUCAGAAACUUCAUCUACACCGUUAAGGCUUACCCAGACUUCAUCUUGGAUUCACGCUUUGUGGAGCAAGUCAAAGACGUAGCGGAUGCCAUUGAAAACAACCAGACGCGGAAUGCCGAUUACCUGUCAGAGAAGAUAGUGUUGGACUAUGGAACUCACGUGAUAACAAGUGUGGACGCCGGCGCCUCUCUGGCACAGGAGGACUACCUCCGUUCGGCAUACGUGUCCGACAGUGCAUCAGACACUUCCACUGUUAAAGCCAUGGCUGGAUUAAACUUUUUUGACAAACUCAAGUUCGACAUAAGCAGCCAAAAUACUCAGCAGAGCUCGUCACUUCAUACCUACCAGUCCAACAUUCAGUACUCCAUCAUUCAGAGCCACGGUGGCAUCCCCUUUUAUCCCGGCAUCAGCCUGCAGAAGUGGCAAGAAAGCACCAGAAACAACCUGGUGGCCAUCGACCGUUCAGGAUUCCCCCUCCACUAUGUCAUAAACCCCAAGACUUUCCCCGACGUGCCCCAGCCCACCGUCGGAAAAGCGGCUCAUGCAGUGAGUCUGGCCAUAGAGAGGUACUACAAGAUCAACACCCGGCCCGGGUGUGUCGACGCCAGCUCCAAGAACUUCAACUUCCAGGCCAAUGUGGACGACAGCUCCUGUGAGGGCCCGGCCACAAACCUCAGUUUUGGGGGCGUCUACCAAACCUGCGAGAAACUCACGACGGAUGCCGGUCCGAUCUGCGACACCCUGGCCCAGAAAAACCUCAACACAGGAGACUUUUCCUGCCGCGCACCGUUCUCUCCGACCUUACUGCGAUCAGAAGUGAGACAGCAGGGCUACACCACGUACGACUGCUACAGGGAAAGCCACUCCUGUUACUUAUUUUUUACUUGUCACUCAGAGCGGUGUCAGGACAACUACCACGUUCGCUCCGCUCGCAUCAGAACCUACUGGUGCUCUGUGAACGGCAAAGCGCCGGACAACUCGGGGUAUCUGUUCGGAGGCAUUUACAGCCCGUCCUCGCUGAAUCCCCUCACGAAAGCCAAAAGCUGCCCACCGAGCUUCACGCCGGUGAAGUUCCUCUCGGAUGGCCAAAUGAUUUGCGUAAGCACCGAUUAUGAAAUCGGCACCAGGUACUCGGUACCGUUCGGAGGCCUCUUCAGCUGUGAGGCGACAAACCCACUGGCCAAGAACCAGAACAGGUGUCCUCCCAAGUUCAGCCAGCACCUGGCGACGGUCAGCGACGGCUGUGAAAUCCUUUACUGUGUCCAGUCGGGACUGUUCACAGGUGGGCAGCUGCUGCCAAUCCAUCUCCCUCCCUUUGUCAAACCACCGCUUGUCAACAUGCAAGUGACCAACACGGUGAUGGUGAUGACGGAGGGAGAGCAGAGCUGGGUCAGAGUGGGCAAGACUAAAGCGUGGAGAAUUGCCAAACCAGAAGAAAUCCGGGAAAUAGUUCGCAAUCUUAACCCAGACAUGAAUCAGUUAUCCGGUGGGGAAAAAGCGGGGGUGGCGUUUGGUGUGAUGGCUUUGGUGCUACUGGUGGUCAUAGUGGUAGUGUUGGUGAAGAGGAGGAGGAGGUUUUCUGGAUUUAGGACAGCUAGAGGCUAUCAAGAAAUACGUGAAGACUCUGAAAGAGAGACGGGCCAAGAUGAGGCUUGAAAAUGAGACAGCCGGGUACCUGAAUACGAGAUACGAGAGAUUUAGCUUUCAGCUUUCUUGUUGAUCCUAGAAUUGAUCAUUCUUCAGACAGAUGUUUUUUCACCUACUGUAAAGCUUAUGUUUGGAAACAGAAUAUGUAGCAUUUGUAUGCAUUUAUAUGCUCAAAGAUUUUAAACAAUAUCAUGCUGGAUGUAGCUAAGGAGGGACAAAUUCUAUUAUGUGCCAUCUCUCUUUUGGACGUGUAAUUUUCAAACCUGUACUGCCAAUACUGUAAAUAUUUGUGUGUUUUGCACAGCUUCAUUAAAAUGUCUUUGCAUAAGACUUUUAGUUGAAAGAGAUAUACAGUAAAAUGUAUAUGAAUAUAUUCCAUGUUUAAUUAAUAAAAAUGAAA